AUGCCCUCGUUAAAGGACCUUGAUUGCUCAAUUGAACUAUCCGAAAGCCAACAAGCAUUGCGAGAGUUUGGCACCAUAUACGGCGAUGGUUUCGUAGAGACUUUCAUCCCCGUACCCAGCAAGCCGCAGUCUUUCUCGAUCCAUCUCACGUCCAACAAGUUCAUCGCUCCAGGCAUUGCAAUCUUUGUCUACGUUGACGGCGUCUAUCAGUGCAACCGCAACAGACAAGACUUGAAGCUGCGGAAGCCUUCCGAUAGCCGGUCUCUAAUUGACUUCCGAGUGCGCCAGAAAGAAGAGAGGCAGAGGAAUGGCUCCAUGAUUGCGCGCGAAUGGGCUUUUGAUAAGCUCAACAUUGCUUCAGCGUACGAUGCGCCAAACCUGUGCUCACCAAACCUCCCCGACAAUAUUGGCUGUAUCGAAGUUGUCGUCCUACGGUGCGCCGGUACACGCAAUGCCAAAUCUGCCUCGGCGAUGAACUUUGACGGAGCUGGAGACCCUCCAGACCGUCGCCUUGACUUCAAUGGCAACUCGUCCCUAUCGAACGAGAGGUCCAUGUACGACGAUCGCGGACCAUUCUUUAACUGCUUCAGCGAUAACCACGGCCCACCACCACCGAUCUCGUCUUAUCACUCACCCUAUGCUGAAACACUGCGUAGCUAUGAAGGCUCGGCAUCGAAAAGUCAUCGUACCACACACCCUCCCCAAGAGCUCUUUCUUCCAGAGUCUGUCACGCGCAACUCUCGGCCACGUUCCAAAUACUCGGAGCCCGUUAGUCCUGGGGGCCGGCGCACGAGUGACCUUCCUCCGUCGGGUUUCCAGUACGGCAGUGGUCCCAUCCCGUGCGGCGGAGAGAUAUACAACAACUAUCCUUCAGAUGCUGGACCAGCGCAAGCUCCAGCUGUGGAUCCGGUUUGGCUGAACAACCUUCUCACGACGGCAGUGAAACAGGGAGUGGAAGAGUCGCGACGAAUGGACGCACAGCCACAGGAGCACACUAAGUACAAGAUGCAUACCAUGGAUGCAGAGACUAAGAGUCAGCCUCCAGGAGCAUGGCCAGAUUCUCCGUUCAAUGCGCCCUCACUACUGCAUCAACAGUCGGAACAGCCAGGUUUCUCUUCACGCGAUGACCAGAGUGACCAUGGGUCGAAUUGGAAGCAGUCUCAGACUGGCUUGGGUGAGAAAUCACCACGGAGUAGAGUCGGAACUCAUGUCACCUGGAACCCUGAGCCAGUGGAUGAAACUGCAUCCUCCAGUGUCGGUGUGUGGAACUCGCUCGGGGAGACACCGUCCGAUUCCUGGGACACUGGAGAUACAUGGCCGACUGACAGGUCACUACAACUCGAGACCGAGCUCUCCUAUCACUCCACGCACACAAGAUCGACGAAGCUCAAAGCGCGCUUCGCAGUCAAAACCACGGACCAAAUCUCGAUCAAAACAUUCUCGACGAAAGCACAACGUCACGUCUUCUUCAGAAGAGAACGGAAACUGGUCUUAUCUCGACCGGCCGUCAGACUCCGUGGUCUCGUUGAGCAGCUCAGACGACACUCUCCAACCAUCGCAUUCCCGAAGCCGGAUGCAGACGUCACGACCUAG